GAUGGAGACGAUGUCUCUCUGAAACGUCUCCAGGCGUCUCCGCAGGACGUGGCUAUUGUCUCCUAGAAGACCGAGCCUAGUGGCUCGUCGCUGCAGGCGACAGCACAGCGUCUCAUUGGAGCAGAGAAGCAGCAUCACCAGUUUCCCACUGGGACUGGUCUGUUGGGUGCAUCAUGAGCACUCUGCUGGGCCCCUGCAGACUUGAGAGGAGAACCCCAUACCUGUCUGCUGUUCCCUGUUCUGUGGUUUAGCUCCUUCCACUGAUGAGAACAGUGAUCUUAACCCCACCCACACCUCCACAGCUCCAACAUGGCUGACAAAACCCCCUCAGGUCUACCUCCUCCCUCCCUGUCUUCACCUUCUCAUCAGAAUGGGAGGAUCGGGGGGACUGCACCCAAACACUCUCCACCCCCCCACCAUAAUGGCAGUCUGGAGGCCCGACCAGGAUGCCGCAGUCCCAGCAACACCAGUGCUGUUCCCCAGCCUCAGUCUGCACCCAGCAGCAGGACCUCAGCAUCUACUUCACCCCUCAGGACCUUUGGAGGUCUUGUGACUCCUGUACCAGGUCCUGGUCCUGAAGGCUGCUCCACCAGGCCCCGGGGUCAGAGCUUCGACUCUGCUCUGAGCUCCAGGAUCAGAACUACUACUUCCAGGAACAAGCAUAAGAGCAGCCAGCAGGAGGAGCCAGAGGCAUUGUUGGACCUGAUCCUGGAGUGUCAGGGUCAGAGACUGGAGGACCAGAGAGCCAGCCUCAGUCUGCUGCCUGAUCCAGGACCAGCUGCUCUUUGUGGGACCUGCAGCUCCGACCAGCCCACCGUGGCUAGUCUGGACUUCUACUACAUGCUCAUACACUACCAGUCGGACAGGAUGGAGGACCAGAGGUGCUCUCUUCCUGAUCUGGAUGAUGUCGUUGGGUCGGUUCCUGAAGGUCAGGAGGAUUUCUUCAGUUUGAUUCAGAGAGUUCAGUCCAGGAGGAUGGACGAGCAGAGAGCCUCGCUGCUGCUGACACACACUGAAGACAACCACGACACACACAUCAACACAUACACAGCUGGCUCAUCCCCCCAUCAUCAUCACUGAUGAUGAGCAGAGUCUGAAAGGGUUCUUCAGAGCCCCACAGGGACAGGGUUUUACUGUACUACUACUGUUUUUAAGUGUCUUGGAAGUGGAUCUUGUCAUCAGGACAUUUUGGAUGUUUUUGUGAAUCAGUUUGGCUGCAGGCUUCAGACGGAAAUCAGAAUCCAGACUGAUGAUGUGGAAACCCUGAUGACACUUCUGCAUGUCGACUCCAAAAAAACUGAAAGUGAUUAUAGUACACAUACCCUGAAGGUCUGACCUGAGACCAGCCGAAUGUGUUCCUACUGUAGUUUCUCAACUGUUGCUGGCCUUCGAGUUAGUUUUUAGGACCCAAAGUGAUCUUGACCCCAGUAGUUAAAGGUUCUCUGUGGAGUUUGUGACCGCUCGUAGCGCUAUGCAUCAAUGUUUUGAAUGGGUUUUGUUCGUAUCUAAUGUGUACACGAGCUACGAUACAAAUCCUGCUGCCAGUUUCAUAUUAUUCAAGGCAGCUUAGAAGAAGACUGUUAGCUGGCAAAUAUGGAUGUAAAAAAAUGCAUGAUUUAAAAUAUCUUAAAAGUCAUCUUUACUAUUGUUUUAUGCGGAAGGAAAUACAUUCAACUGGUUUGUUAGACCUCAAGGAUUCACGCAGUCGGCCUCAUGCAAAAACCACUUGUACGAUCAGAUUAAUUCUUAAAUGGAACGUACAAGUGAUUUAAGAGAACUUGUGACCUUCACCAAUUUUCUCACAUUAAGAAUUAUGAGGUACGAACAAAACUCACGAGUCCAGACAGUCUCUCCACAGUAGGAAAUCAUAAUGUCUUCAUCUGAAUGAAUUUAAGAGUUUAAAUAGCCUUUGUAACAGAAAUCAACUAAAAUAAAAAUACAUUACUUAAAUAAACUUAA